AUGAGCACCAGAAUCACUUUUCUCGGAGACACGAAUGUUGGAAAGACUUCCAUGGCUUCUCGUAUCCUUCAACUAGAUUACCUUUCAAUUGGUUCCCAUCCCUUGUAUGAGAGUAUCCAAGAAAUUUCAAGCAUUGUACAACUUGAUAGGCUUCUCAAGAAAGGACCUGAUGAUCGGUCUGAUUGUCUGGUGAUGGUGUACAACAUCGGCUCGCUGGAAACAUUUCACAUUGGAACGAAUCUCUUCACGCAUGCCUUGGGAUAUCGAACUCCCCGACUCGCAAUAAUGGUUGCAAUCGUGGAUGAUGCACACGAAAGAAUUGUGAAUCAGAACGAUGUUGAGCAAUUUAUGGAAGAGUACAAAGGUUUUACCUGGCACUUCAUCGAAACAUCAAUUAGAGACUCCCAGCACUUCUUCCGCCCCCCCAUUCCGGUCACAACAGAAAAUACCAAAUCUUCAAACUACUCGAUGAUAAACACAAUAGAACCUUUUGCAGCACAAGGAUUGAUACGGGUGCUCUUGGAGACAUUCUUAACAGAGGCUAUCGCUGCGAGUUGGUAUAACGUAGUGGAAAGCUAUAUAGUUGAAGAAGAUGCGAAAGAGUCGACUGUAGAUAAGGUAGUGGAUGGGGAUCACCUGGUAAAAGCGUUUCAUCCACCUCAUACGAUUCACUUUCAUUCCAAUGAUGUGAUUCAAGACCCACCUGAGCAAGAGGCGCCUCAGUUAAAGUCUACACCCUCUUUCGAGAUUAUUCUAGGAUGUGCUGUUAAAAUCAUGCAAUUGAAGAGCUGGACGUCAAGAAAUACCAAUUCAAACAGCGCCCAGGGUUCUGAGAGUUUCUUUUUGGAGGAGAAUACUUUGGAGAAUAUUGGAGGACGUUUGAGAGUUAAGCUUCGGUGGCUGCAGGAUUUACUUUGUUGUUCAUGA